GGGGAGGGCUCUGAGGUCAUAAAGAGGGUCGGUCCAUCCGACACGGCACGGAAGAAAACUUGGCAUAUAUUAACUAGUUGUAGUCUAGAAUAUGAUGGAGUAAGUAGCGGCUCAGGCUCUUCAUCCUAUGACGGCAUGUUUCAACUUAUAUGGAGAACAUUCACAGUUAUCUUCUUCGCAACUUGUUUCCGGUGGUUUGGUUGGGUACAUACUACUACUACUACUACUACUACUACUACUACUACUACUACUAUUUGAAGUAAUGUACCUGAAGGCUCUUCACAUUAUGGGUCUGCUUUUAGGUCGGAAAUGCUGGAUUUCCUCCUAUCAGCCGGCAUUAAAGAUGCGCAGGAUCAAAUGGUGCCUGCCCAGGUUUUUCUGUCAUGUGGGGAUGGAUGUGAGUGAUACUUGCAUGGGUUCUCCGGAGCAUUCUCUCCGUACUCCGUUUGUAGGCCUUCAUACUUUGACGAUCGAUCGAUCGAGAUGUACUACAUAGGUACUACGUAGUAAAAUAAUGACAGUGGGCAGUGGGCAGUGGACACUGAUUCUACUAGGAUGCAAUGCCAUGGCAUGCAGUGUUGCCUGUCUUGUCAAAUGUGUAUAGACAAGAGAAAGAGAGAGGAGUCUCGAUACUCGAUGAAUAGCUUCACACAACUCAAGCAUAGAGUGUUAUAUACCGGGUUGCUGCCUGAGGCCCGAGUUUCACGACAAAACA